GUCAACUGUAAGAGCAUUAGUGUGGUGAUUUGUCAUAUGAUAUAACUAAAACAUUGAAUUUGAUAAGAUUGUAAUUUUGGAACAUUCCACAGACUAAACCAUAAAAGAUUGUCCGGACAGAGUGACUUCUCAUGAUGCCACUGCACUGUCGAGCUAUCCACGUGUUUCUGUUCUUAUGUGCUCUUUCCUUGUGUGUGGAUUUUGUAAGAGGAGGCACCAGCUUCCUCAGCCCUGGUCAAAAACCACAGGGUCGAGGAGGCCGAAGGCCACCACGGGUGGGCAGAAGGGAUGCCACUGAGCCUGAUAUCCCAGUGCUGAAGGAGGGUGAUCAAUUCAUGGUGAGUGCUCCAUUUGAACUGGCCAUGUCUCUGAGUGAAGCUGAGUACAAAGCAUAUGGUCCUAUGCUGCAAAAAGUUCUGGUGAACUUUCUAAGUCAUUCUGCUGUUGAAUGACAAGAGCUACCGUUCCGGCACAAGUCAGAUACUUAUAAACCAAUGACAAGACUCUCAAAUGUACACAUUAUGAUAUGUAAUUAUUUACAAGCACAGUGAUUUAAUAAAUACAUGGUUAAGUGCUCCAGUUUUUCUAUUUUUCAG